AUGCUCUACGAGUUUGAUCGAGGCUCAACAGCACCUGAAGCAACAAAGAAUAUUCAAGCGUCCCGUUUCCAAAGAUGCCACUUUGACGAUGAAGCGUUGCAAGCUUUACUCGACGCUGAUCCACAUCAAACAACACGCGAAUUAGUCGAACAACUCAACUGUCAUCACUCGACAGUGGAGCGUCAUCUUCAUGCUCUCGGUAAGCGACCGGCUUUGGCGAAUCAAAAAGCCGUCAACCUUCUCCAUGACAAUAGUCGACCUCAUGUGGCACAGUUGACUCAGCAAAAAAUCGAACAGUUAGGAUGGGAAGUUCUUCCGCGCCCGCCGUGGUCACCAGACCUUGCACCAUCCGAUUAUCAUCUGUUCCUAUCUCUUCGUAACUACCUGUGCAAUAAACACUACGAAGACUUCAAUGAGCUGAAACUCGAUCUAACUGCCUUUUUCGAAUCAAAACCGAGUAGUUUCUACAGACGUGGAAUUGAAAUAUUGUCAGAAAGAUGGGCGAAUGUUGUUGAAAAUAAUGGCGAUUAUAUUGUUGAUUGA